AUGGGUAAAAAAAGAAAAAGGCCCAUCAAAGAUGGCUGUACAGCCGACAACUCAGCCCCCAGGCGCAUCAUCAGCACCUCCGGUGGUUCCAGAAACCACGGAGCUUCAGCCAGAAAGGAGAAAGAUGGACAUUCCCAUCCUGUCAUCUCCCUGUACUACCGCCAAGUUGUGACUCUGAGGCAGUACCUCCUACAACAGAUCCCCGUAACGUCCAAGUCCCGCCGGAGGAGGAUCGCGUCGAUACGGAGUGAUCCGCUCACUCAAAGCCAGGGGGAUGACAGCUCUGGAGAACGGCAGGUCCAAGAUCUUGCCAGCGUUCUCGAUACCACACUUGUGGGAGUGUUGAACGAAACCUCGCCCGCAGUGACUCAGGAGCGACGGCGAGAGUUUGCCGCUUACUCCCAAACCCAGUCUCAAUGCAGGUCGGAGCUCACCAGUACGGACACUGGGCCACCCUGUCCACAGUCAGAGAUCGUUGACUUUGUCAUAACCUCACUCUUCAAUCGCAAUGGCUUUUCGUAUCACAGACCUCAGCACUUGCUGGCUCACGGUUAUCAGCGGGUGGGUGCACCAGAACGGAUGACGGAUAAUCAUGCAGCUCCAACAAGCAGUAUCCCGGGUCUCGUAGUGCGAUUUCCCAAUAGAAACGUGGAGACGCUGAAACACGAGCCGUGGACGAACGUCCUUGCUCUCCUGGGAGGCAACGGAGAAGAGAUCAUGCUGAGGCUCUUGCUCGAUUGCGGUAUAUUCACAGCCAUUGACCAUCGGAAAGGGAUAUACUACCAGAUUAGUGGUCUUCCACUGUCGAGCCUGGAACCCGUCAAAAGAGAGCUGCCUCAGGAAGUUUCUGAUCUCAGCGGAGCUUCCAUUCAUACAGCGAACAGCACUGGCGGAUUUUGUUCUGGCCUCAAAAAAAGAAAGAGUGUACGCCAAGAGGUUGUACACAAGCCGAACAGUAUUGUCUUCUUUCGACGGCGCAUGCUCUACGCGAAACCGGUGCUUAACUCGAAAGGCGACGUCCAUUUUGGCUUGACACGUCUUCACGUACUGAAUUGCUACCCUCGAUCGGACUCAUUGUCUGAGACGGUGCACAUACUGAAGUAUAUCUUCCCUAGACAAUAUGGUCUGCAUAACGUUUUCACCUCUGUCACUGAUAGUCGUGAAACUGUCUUGCCAUUCAAAGAUUACUUCUCCAGAGAGACCGAGAUAGCGCAGAUUGACGAACAGAAACGCAAACGCCGCCAACGCAUUGGUCCCGGGUUCACGAAUCAUUUUGAAAAGCAUAAUGAUCUUAUCGAAAUACCGAAGCGGCUUCGCGGGAAGGCCGUUGAAUUGGUGCAGCAGCUGCAGAAUCGAAACAGGCGUUGUCCAUACGUGAAACUCUUGGACUACUACUGUCCGAUAGAGGAUGUUGGGCCUUGGAAACUCGGUCAUACCAAUUCUCAAGAAGGGUCGACGGGCAAAGGAUCUUGUACGGCGUCGGACCAGCUGGUAACUCAACCACGAGGCGCUCAGCAACAUGCAGCCAGAGAUAUGGGCCCCAAAGAAAGCCUACGGACAAGGAAUUCGAUCCACGAUACAGAAAAAGGAAUUACCAAGUGCGUAAUCCCAGAACCGAAACAGAGUCUGAUGGACUAUGCGACGCCUUCUUCGUCUGUAUCGGCAUUCUGCCGGGCAGUACUGCGAAAGUUGAUCCCCCCACAGUUUUAUGGAAUUGGCCAAUAUCAGAAAAGCAACCAAGAGAUCGUAUUUAGCCAUGUUGAUAGAUUCAUCCGCAUGCGAAGGUUUGAGAGUUUGAGUCUUCACGAGGUUUGCAAAGGAAUCAAGAUCACUAGUAUACCAUGGCUUGAGCAUCAAGAGUCCCUACCGGGAAGGAAGCUUUCAUUAUCCGACCUGCACAAACGGACGGAGCUUCUCCACGAGUUCAUCUACUACAUAUUCGAUUCCAUCUUGGUACCAUUGAUUCGUUCCAACUUCUAUGUCACCGAAUCACAAAUCUACCGCAACCAGCUAUUCUACUUUCGACAUGACGUGUGGCGCCACUUAACUCUACAGCCAUUGGCAACUUUCAAGGCGACUCUUUUUGAAGAGAUGAAACGAGCUGAUGCUGAGCGGAGGUUGGGUGGAAGGUCCCUGGGCUAUAGCUCUCUGCGGCUGUUGCCAAAGACAACAGGCGUCCGGCCGAUUCUGAACCUUCGACGACGAAUGCUCCAGCCAGGAUGGGCUGGCAAGGCUCCGUUCCUGGGCCCGAGCAUCAACUCCACCAUCACACCGAUAUUCAAUGUCUUGAACUAUGAGAAGGCACGUAACCCUGCGAGUCUGGGUUCUACCCUGUCUUUUGUCGGCGAAAUACACACUCGUCUCAAGAGCUUCAAGGAGCGUCUAUCUCAGAGUCACUCGAGUGAUCGGCGGCAACCACUUUAUUUUGUCAAGCUUGACAUUCAGUCUUGCUUUGACACUAUUCCUCAAGAGGAACUUAUUCCUCUGAUUGAAAGCCUGUUUUCCGAAGAAGGCUACCAGAUCGGGAAACAUGUGGAAGUUCGGCCGCCAGACGAGUUCAGCAGCAUGUGGCCGGUACAAGAGUCCCAACAGAGCAAGGCUCUACGCAAAUACGUUGGCAGAGCAGCGCCCGUGUCGAGAGCGCAGGAUCUGACUGACGCCAUUACCGAUGGUGGCAUCAGCCACAGGAGAAACACCGUCUUCGUUGAUACGCCGGCUCACAAGGAGUAUUCUGGCGACUAUCUACUGGACCUACUUGAUGAGCACAUUCGCUACAACUUGGUGAAGGUUGGGAGGAAGUAUUUCCGCCAGCGGAACGGCAUCCCUCAGGGCUCGAUACUAUCUAGUGUUCUGUGCAACUUGUUCUAUGCUCAAAUGGAGCGGGAAUCUCUAGGUUUUCUGGAUCCCAGUGAAGCCGUUCUCCUCCGGUUAGUGGAUGAUUUUCUGCUUAUCACGACCAACUCGAACUUGGCGAUGCGUUUUCUGCAGGUGAUGCUUAAGGGACAACCCAAGUACGGCAUAUCCAUCAAUCCGGCCAAGAGCCUUGUCAAUUUCUCAGCAGCGGUAGACGGGGUACAAAUCCCUCGGCUUGAGGGCAGUCACUUGUUCCCUUACUGUGGAAGUCUGAUCGACACCCGGACUUUGGAGAUAUACAGGGACCAAGACCGUAUCCUCGAGGGGACAGACUCGGCCGCUGCCACAAUCUCCAGCUCGCUCACAGUAGAGUCCACACGAGCCCCCGGUCGUUCUCUUCACAGAAAAGUUCUUUCGUCAUUCAAGCUCCAGAUGCAUCCGAUGUACCUAGAUACGAAGCACAACUCGCUCAACGUGGUGCUCUGGAAUCUGUACGCAAAUCUGGUGACCUCGGCGAUGAAGAUGUACCGAUACAUGAAGGCUCUGCCUCAUCGGGCGCAUCCCACUCCAGACGUGGUAAUCCGAGUCAUCCAGGAUCUGAUCGAACUCGCUCAUCGCAUGAUGCGCGCCCGACGGGAGCUCAAGUCGAGGGAUUCUUGUUCGCCAUAUAUGUGCCUCGUACAGCAGCAACAGGUCCAAUACCUCGCCGCAGCAGCGUUCCGGUUUGUCCUAGGCCGGAAACAGACCAAGUACGCAAAGGUACUGCGGUGGUUGGAGCAGGUGUGGAAAGCAGCGCGGCCGCAAUCCGAUGGAAAGGCAGCUCGGCUGGCUCAGGUUGUUCGAAAUGGCAACUCUGUUUUUGCCAGUUGGCGGUUCUGA